AAUGUAGUGAAAUGUUUUAACCAGUUGAUAAUUUUGUAUGCGUUUCCUUUUUCUUUUUUUUUUCUCAUCUGUAAAUAAGUUUGUUAGCAAGCGCUUUAAAAUGCUGGAUACAAAUAAGGGAUUGCUUUUCACUGGCCGAGCCCGCACAAGAAAAACGCGUCACUCGGUUGAACCAAUUGUUGUUCGUGAUGUGCUGGUUACUUCAGUGUCAUGUUGUGAAACAAGAAGUUAGAAGCGAGAACUGCUCGCCUCUCCGUUGUGUUUUGGAUGGAUUAAGAUACCCUGUUUAGGAGUAUUUUGAAAUAAUCCGUGUUAGAGUUCAGUGCCUUUAUUCUCAACUUAUUCUGUUAGGUUACUUUUCAUUAUUGAAGUUACGAAAAUGAAAGUAUUAAUAGAUGUUAAGUCUUUCGUAUGUGUUGUUUUGCUGGUUUCGACGGCCAGUUGUGUGAUAAAUUCCAUGAAAGACUCAAUAGAUGACAUCAAAGAGUCGCUCGCAGUAGAGCACAUAGACACAAAUAUGGUCGAGAAGAUAGGCGAGGCUGUGGAGGAGGGAGCCGGAGUGCUGCUAGACGCCUAUCAGCAGACAAUGGAGCUGCUCGGGAUCGCCCGGCCGGAAACAUUUACAGAGGAAGCUCUUGACCGCCUCAUCGCCGCCUUCGUGGGCAGAUUACACUGCCAGUUCUCCCUCAAUUUCCGCAAGAAGCGCUCCAUCUCCUGCACACACACCAUGUGUUUCAACUCGAGUAACCUGUUGUUAGUGGCGGGCCAAGGGCAGGGCUUCGUGACUCAAGCGGCGUUCGAGGGAAUUUCCGGGGCGCUCCUGUACUACGCCACCCAUAUGGACCUCUACUGUCACACAAACAUCCGGUUGUUGGACGAGGCCGAUCUGAACGAGAAACAACUGAAAGUUGUUCAGGAGUUCAGCGAGGGCGGCGCAGUCGGAUGGAUGGGACUGGGGCGGAUCCAAGAGGUGCUAGAGGACCUGGAGGACGUAUAUGACGACCACGACGACGACGAUUCCCGUGACCACCUCUCUUCCCUUGACGGUCUGCUGGAUGACGCUAGCCUCACACGCAUGGAUGACCAUGACCACCACAAGGUCGACGGUCAUGACCACCGAAGGCGGCGGCGGGGCUCCCCCGACCAUCCAGAGGACAGCCAUGAAAGAACCUCAGAUACGGCGAUCGAGCGGACGGGGGAGGCUGCGGAGCACGGGAACAAGGAGGACCAUGAGAGGGAGGCGGAUGACCACGACGAACACUCCACAGAAGACGAUCACGACGAUCACCAUGACGAUGGCGAUGACAAAAUCAUUAAAAAAAAGUGUGUGUCAGCGGAUAUCCUGUUCGACCAGCUGGGUGUGGACGUGGAUGCGCCCCUAGCCGCCAAUCAAGUGGGCCCGCUCUCCUCCCUCAUUGUCUUUCACAUGCUUGCAGGUUCGGAGAUCUCGCGCAGAUGUCGUCUGCUCCCAAGGAGAAAGUACUUCGUGCGCUCCGUGUUCCGGCAGAUCACAGCUUCCGCUGACAACAUGGAGUAUUAUGAAUUUAUUGACUUGCUGGAAAAUCUAAAAAUCGGGCAAGCAUUUGGCGGCAAAAUGACGUCCGAUGAUCAUGAUCACAAUGAGGUGCAUGGUCAUGCGCACAGAAGAAAAAAGAGGGCAGUUGACUCACAGGCACUUAUAGGACAUCAGUCAUGGAACGACCGUUGUUACUCGGGUGACCAAUUGUUGUCUGUGUUUAACAUUGAGAGCAAGGGUAACGUGAGCGUGGAUCGGUUCCGUGAGAUCUGCCCCGCUCUCAUCCAGCAGCAACUAGGCGCCUGUCGCCCGUCAAAACACAGCAAGAAAGAGAACCAGCGACCCUCGGACGCUGAACGUUAUGGAUAUGGUACUCUGGCUAACAUCAUCUGCUGUCUAUGUUCGGUGACGGGGGUGGUCAUCCUUCCGUGCACCAACCAGGCAAUCUACAGGGUCCUUAUGGCCGCGUUUGUGGGCCUUGCUGUUUCGACAUUGUCUUCAGACGCCCUGCUCCACCUUCUUCCUAUGGCCCUGGGUGUUCACGGGCAUAGCGACGAGGAUGGCGAACACGCACAUGCGCACAGCGGGGCCCGUUUCGAGCCCUUCCUCGGCUACAGUCUGGCGGCACUCGGUGGGAUUUAUGCGUUCUACCUGUUCGAAAAACUCAUGUCAAUGUUAACUGGCCAGGGUCGCAGUGAAGAAGAAGACCCGGUGGAAAUGGUGAUGGGGUACGGUUGCAACGACAACAAGCAGCAUCCGAAUGGAAAUGGCUUUGGUUCGAGUGCAAAUCUACCCAAAUAUGAUGGUGGCGACACUAGAGAAACCAGUAAAAAAACAACAUUUUUUGUUGUAGAGUUGAGAUUUACGGAGAUGCCGCCAAUCGCCAUCAUGGUAGUGAUAGGGGACGCGGUGCACAACUUCGCGGACGGGCUUGCCAUUGGAGCCGCUUUUACAGAGUCCAUCAACCUCGGCAUCUCCACCUCCAUAGCCAUCUUCUGUCACGAGUUCCCGCAUGAACUUGGUGAUUUUGCAAUAUUGUUGACGAGCGGUUUGUCGUUCGGUCGGGCGCUGUGCUUCAAUUUCCUGUCUUCACUGACGGCCAUGGUGGGGCUGUACGUGGGAUUAGCAGUGUCAACGGAUGACCAGGUCCGCAAUUGGAUUUUCGCCGUCACCGCAGGCCUCUUCCUCUACAUCUCACUCGUCGACAUGCUUCCGCAGCUGUUAGAGCGACAACGGGACCGGCCGAUGGCUAACUUCCUGUGGAACAACGUGGGCUUGUGGGUCGGCGCCGGUUGCAUGCUUCUUCUUUCGUUAUACGAGGAACAGAUACGAGUUUAAUUUUGCACAUAGACCAGUCAGGCUUCUGCUGUACACUGGAGCGAAGACGUCCCCAUCAAGGAUCAAUGUAAAUAUAUUGGGCCGUGUUCAAUAAGUUCCUUCGUAAAUGUAACUUUUAACAUCGACUAUCCCCUCUGUUUUUCAUCAAAUUGAUUCAUAUGCCUUACUACUCGGAUGCUGUGUGCUAGACAUGUCAAAAAAUUCGUUCAAAUUAUUUAAACAUAAGUAAGAUUAUCUCAGAAAAAUGUUUACCGAAAGCACUGGACAGAAUUGGGUGAUAUAUUUUAUAUGUCAUGUCUAUGUAAAUGAUCUGUUUAAACAAUAUGCGUUGAAAAGACUAAGCAAAAUGUUCUUUCAAACACUUAACUUAUGAAUUCAUCCAGGAACAGUCUUAAGCAAAACAUCAAUCAUCUGGUUCGUUAGAUAUAAGGUCAUUUUUUCAGAUUUGUCCUAAAUCCAGUUGCAUAAAUAAUGACCAAAUACUUAAUACUAUUAAUAACAAUGCAUUGAGUUCUUCAGAUCAUUAGCUGUAAUUUCAGGUCAAAAUCAAAGUUUUUUUUCUUAACGAUAUCCGAAACAACAUGAGAAUUAUAGGUGACAAAAUACAUUUCAUUUUUGAUCGGUCCUAAAAAUGUUAUCCAUAUGAUCUUUUUUGAAAUCUGAACAGUUAUUGUUGUCUGGCUGUCCUAUGUUUCGAAGCACGUAUUUCCUGAUGUUGAGUUACAUAUCUUAAAACGCACAUUUAAAUCGUUUUGGACAUUUGACUCGUAAAUGUAUUCGAAAUAUUGAAAUGUUUUGGACAAAAAAUAACCUACAACAUGUUAACACCAAACUUUAAUUGAAUGCAAGUGCACUUGCAACAUGUACUGUGCAACAUAGUAAACUAAAUGAAAAGUGUGUUCACUCACUUCUGUUUUAUAGUGUGUUCUCAUCUUUACAUGUAUUUGUAUACAUAUAUUUGUGUGUGUGUGUCGAAGAUGUCUAAAAACUAUUUCUAACAUUUCAACUAAUUGUUGGUAUUUCGCAAAUGAUUAAAUUGAAAGUACAUUGAACGUGUUUUGAUUUAUUUUUUACUUUAUAUUAAUACCGAAAGUUAAGGAAUAUCUUAUUUUGAGAAAGAUGAUUUUUGGGGUAAAAUGUUUGAAAAAAUAAACCAAAAUAAGGAUUUCUGGAAUUUGCCAAUAAUAUUGUCAAUUUAUGCAACAAAAUUACCAGCUGUAUUGAAUAUAUAUUAUACUAAUGUAAAGCAUACUUAAAGUAUAGAAACUACGUAAUUUUCUGAAAAGUUAUUUUUGGGGUGAAACUUUUGGAAAAUUAAAUGAAAAUGGGAAUUUCUGGAAUUUGCAAAUAACUGUAUCCAAUUUUUGGACUGAAAUAACCAGAAUAAGUAUAUGUAAUGGAUAUUAUAAUACAGCUUAAUAUACCGAAAAUUAAAAAAAACCCACCUUAUUUGUGAAAUAUGUUUUUUGGGUAAAUUGUUUGAAAAAUUAAAUAAAAUUGAGAAUUUCUGGAAUUUGCUAAUUAAAUCACCCGAGUUAUUGUAUAUAAUAGAUAGCAUAUUAUAUUUUAAUAUACCUGAAGUAUUGAAACUACGUAAAUUUGUGAAGUGUGAAUUUUGGGUUAAAAUGUUUGAAAAAAUAAAUGAAAAUGAGAAUUUCUGGAAUUUUCCGAUUACUUUGUCAAAUUUUGCAAUAAAAUGACCAAAAUUAUUGUAAUUUAUAGAAAUUAUACUACAGUAUAACAUACCAUAUGCUUAGAAACUACAUAUUGUGUGAAAUGUGAGUGUAAAAUGUUUGAAAAAUUAAAUAAAAAUGAGAGUUUCUUA